CGAUUGACAGCUGUCAUCAAAGUAACUAAAGUAACCAAACCAAUUAUGAGGAACUUUUGUUGAAUUUUCUAAAGUAUUAAUUUACAUUUUUUGUUAAACAAUAUAAUAUGCCAAAAUGUGAUUAUAAACCGACAAACUCCAGCUGGAAAAGUAUGGACCGAAUAUCAAGAGUCCAUAAUAAUUGUUUCCUUUAAUAUUCACAAUUGUGAAAAAAUGGGCUGUGUGAGCAGUAAACGUGACAUUAAUGACACUCAUCCAAAUAUAUUCGAAGUCAUGAACGUCGACGAAGCUGGACAUUAUGUCAGUCCCGGCCAGUUAGAGUUAUCUGAAACGGAACUAAUUCUCUAUCAACGAGGUAAAUCGGCGACAGUCUGGCCGUUACGAAGCUUGAGGAAAUACGGAUUCGAUUCGGAAAUAUUCAGCUUCGAGUGCGGUAGACGUUGCCCCACCGGGCCCGGGAUUUAUGCGUUUCGGUGUCGCAAAGCGGAAGAUUUGUUUAACAUGCUGCAACACAACAUUCAAUCACGCAACAUUAGCGAGGAAGGAACGGCGCCAGCGGCAGCUAUGUAUAUGAAUUUCGGAAAUCCGGUUGUAAAUAGUAAUGUAAAUAGUGAAUUUCCCAUUCCGCUAGUUAGUACAGGUCCACCUGUAAAUAGGCGAAUACCGUCCCAAACUCAGCCUGAGGGUUAUCUAAAUCCGACGAUGGCCCCUGUAUCCAUGAGACCACAUCCUAGUUUAAGUAGACCAGGCUCUCUAUCUAGUAACGGGCCCGCUAGUCCCGUCACACCUCCCGUUACGUCACCUCCACCCGAUCUUCUGCUAGAGCAUAACAAUAAUAAGCAAAAUAAUCUAGUCUCCUUCACAGAGCAUUCAUAUACAAAUACUAACACUUUAACCGAUAACGAUAAUGCAACUUUACCUCCUUACAUUAAUUUAAGUAGCGUAACGACAUGUAAUACAGUUAUACCAAGUGAGAACUAUACAAAUUUUCUUGCCGAUAGUAGUUGCCAUUUGUAUAUGAACGUUGAUACAAGCGAAGCAAUUCAAUUAAGUGUAAUUCCACCUAGUAAUUUAAGCGUCACCAAAGAAAUGCCAAAUAUUUUACCCAUUGGGACUGAUGUACAAGAUAGUUUAGAUACGAUACCAAAGGAAAGCGAUUUAGAUGAAACGAAACAUUGCUACGCCAAUAUCAAUUCUGCAGAUUUGGAAGAUUUGCGUGCUUCUUUUAAUCCGAAUCUAGAUUUGUCAUUCACCGGCGGCACCAUACCGGAGACCUCCACUUACGUUAUGGUCCGCGAGGUGAAUUACGCAGAAUUGGAUUUGGUACCUUCAAAAAGUGAUCAUUCAAGUUUACAAGUAACCCCAGAUAGUCCGAGUAAGCCAAAUAAAAGUUACGUUACAAUAGAUUUUAAGAAAACGAACGCUCUUUCGCAGACUGUUAACCCUAGUAUAGAUGUCGAGGAAGGUAGUCGUAAAACGCGGCAUAAUUCUACUAUUAGUGAUAAAACAACCAGACACAGUAACUCCUUAAGUGAUUAACAAACACAUCGAAAUAACCAGAAUUAUGUGAUUCUAUUAUGCUAGGUGACAGUAAAGUAUUUUUCUAAAAUUUAUGCUCAAUAUUUAUUUAGAGAGGAACAGCGAUCCAUAAUAAUACAUUUAGAUGUAUGGAUCAACAUGACAGAUAUUAGCUAAUCAGUGAUAAAAUGACCGAUUUUGUUUAAUAAGUGAAACGAGCAAAGCAAUUUUCAUUGGUUGAACUAAACAAAGCAGCCAUUUUAUAACAUGUUAUGUACAACAUUUUGUCUAAUUUUGAAAAAGUAACAUUAAAAAAGGUAUCAAUUGUUCUAAUUACAAUGUUGAAAGCAUUAUAUAUUUUUCAUAAUGAGUUUUUGAAUCAGUCAAAAUUGGACAAAAUAUUUUUUUAGUAUCAAAUGGUGCUUAUUUUAUAUAUUUAUAUAAUAUGUAUUUAUAAAAUUGUCACCUAGUUUGGGGCUGUAUGAUCAAAGUCGAUGUACGCUUUUUUCAUGCAGUCUACGAAAAUCCAAAGAUAUUCUAUGAUCUUUUUGUAAAAUUUACAAAAUGCCAAGCAUAUUUGAUAGUUGUUAGUUUUAAUGUAAAUGACGUAUUAUUUUAAAAUACCUUGUGCUGAUACAUUAUGAAAAAAAUUAUAUAUUAUUUUUAAUUUUUAAUAAAUGAUAUUUUACAGAUCA